GACGGGAAAAUUCGGGGAAAAUGGAGAGUCGGCGACCCCUCUCUCUCUCUCUCUCUCUCCGCUUAAGCCAAGCCAGGCUGAUUUAGGGCACGUCAUCUAUGACACGUGUAAGAGUGUGGGGCCAUAUGAUGACAAUUGAGAUCAAACGAGUCUGCUCUGUUCAUCGUUGAAGUCCACGUAACUUCCCCUGUCACUCGUAUUCCUCGAUGAGUCUGUCUUUUGGGUGGUGGCAAUUCGUCGUUCCCUAUUUAAGGCUUAAGUGGCGGUUCUCUCUCUCUCUCUCUCUCUCUCUCAUCGGCUCAUCGCAACGAACGAUGGGGAAGAAGGCAACCCAUUCUUCGUCUUCGUCGAUUGACAGCAGCAAACACCCAACCCUCUCAUCUGCCUCGUCCUCCUCUUCUCUCUACUACCAACAACCCAAGACCAAGAGAGACUUGAGCACUGAUCUUCGGCUUGGACUCACCCUUUCUACUUCUACUUCCUCUCUUCCUCACACCCUCUCCAAUUCCAGUUCCAAUUCCAGGAGGCAAACGUCGGAUUGGCCACCGCUGAAGCCGCUUCUGAGAAGUAGCCUUGCAGAGAAAGAAAACAAUCGACAAAGACCCACCUUCUUCGUGAAGGUAUACAUGGAAGGCGUUCCAAUUGGCCGGAAGUUGGACCUGUUUGCUCACCAUGAUUACGAUGGCCUAAUCACUACUCUAGCCCACAUGUUCAGGGCCACCAUUCUCUACCCUUAUAUUGAUGGAGUGCACUCUGAGAAUGAUCAUGUAUUAACUUACGAAGACAAAGAAGGGGAUUGGAUGAUGGUGGGGGACGUUCCUUGGGAGAUGUUCCUGACCUCUGUGAAGAGACUCAAGAUCACCGGAGCUGACAGAUGCUGAUUCUAACCUACACAUGCUUCAACAUUUGUCCUCUCUCUCUCUCUCUCUCUCUCUCUCUCUCUCUCUCUCUCUCUCUCUCUCUCUGCAUUUUUGUGAUUCUUGAUGGAAAUCCAAAACAACAGUAGCAUGGAAUAUGUUAAAUUACAGAUGUACAGCCACCACACACCCAAGUGACACAGGCAUAGGAAUUUCAGUUUCUUUUCUUUUUAACCCUCUAGAGUCUAGAGUCUAGAGUCUAGGCUAAAAUGUUUUCAGUAUAGUAUGAACUUUGUUAGAAACUAAUAUGACAAUCAAUGUAUGAAUGUGAAAAGAAAGUGCUGAUCAAGCUAUUGAAGAUUUUUCCA